UUUUGAUACCCACAAUGCACCGGCGGUUAUUGAAGGCGCCUUUUGCUGGAGCUGCAGAGGCUGAAUGUGUGCAGACGUGAAGGAUAUCGAAUGAAUUAAUAUUUCGGUGCCGGGAUAUUGUUAUAGGACAGUUUUUCCCCGAUCGGCCUAAUUUCGUUGACCGUGCAAACAUCGCGAGAAUGGCUCCUUUCGGCUUAGUGACAGCGAGUGUUAGCCUUUUGGCGAAGUCCUUCAAUGUCUUCACAUGCACAAGUACUCUGGCAAGAGUCGUCCAUACAUCAUUCAGGAACCCAGUCAAAUGCCUGUCCACCCAAGUCAGUGGUCCUCCAAAGAGGCCUCUCAAUGGAUACAUGAGGUAUGUGAUGCAGCAGAAGCCGUCCGUGGUGAGUCAGAACCCAGAAAUAAAACUAAUAGAAGUCGUCAGGAAAAUUGCCCACGAGUGGAGACUGAUGAGUCCGGAGCAGAAACGGCCCUUUGAAGAUGCAUAUCUGCGGGAGAAAGAAGUGUUCAAGGUGAAUCUACAAAAAUACCAGGCCCAGUUGACUCCGCAACAGAUUGAGCAGCAAGCCAUUGAGAAGAGGCAGAGAAUGGCCAAGAGGAAGGCCAUCCGCAAAAAGAGGGAAGCAAACAGCAUGGGAAAGCCGAAACGUCCUCGCUCGGCAUUCAACAUCUUCAUGUCUGAACAUUUUGAGGAAGCCAGAGGCGCAGAUACGCAGACAAAGCUGAAGACUCUGCUGAAUGACUGGAGUAGUCUUUUCAGCCAUCAGAAGCAGGUUUAUGCACAACUGGCGGAAGACGACAAAAUCCGCUACAAAAACGAGAUGAAAUCAUGGGAGGACCACAUGGUGGAAAUCGGACGGGAAGACCUGAUCCGAGACAAGACUUGGAAAAAAAAGGCCGCGGAAGCCAAAAAGGCCAAGAAGGUCAAGAAAGCGGCAGCAAAGACGCCAAAAGUCGCCAAAGCCAAAUCAAAAACUACUAAGAAAACCAAAAAGAGCACCGUCAAAGUUGUUAAGAAAACAAAAAAGACUUAACUAUAUUUCUUGGUUUGAUGACUCUGACAUGUGUUGGCUGUUUCUCUUCAAAAUUGCAGCACUAUAAAGGUUGUCAAAUUUCUUACCGUGUUCUCCAGAAAAUUAAAGGUUAACAUCCGUUCGGUCAAUUGGUCUGUUUGUGAGGUUUAGAAAUGUAUUUGAAGUGGCAAUACUCAUGGCUAUUACGUGCAUAAACAGAAUGACAAUUUGCAUAACAUCACCUUUACGGCUAGGACACUUCCAUGUUUUGGCCAUUUAGUUAGAAGAGCAUUUGUUAGGUCACUGGUCUUAUGAGCAACUCGCUAAUUUGGACUUCUAGAAUUGUCUAAAAUGUCCACAAUGUUCAAUCGAUAAAGGUAUGUUAAUACUUUUGUUGUUAUAGUGUAACGUUGGUAUAGACUUGUCAUAUAGCCAAACCGAUUUCGGGAUUUCAUUAGUAGUAGAAAAGUACAGUUUUCUAUGUGUCAAUAGUUUUUCAAAAUGACCUUGUGCACAAAUCUAAAUCCAGAGCUGCUCUGUAACUAAAUGGCCGAAACACAUAAAAAUUCCAGUCUCCAUUUAUGGUAACACUUUGACAGUUGGUUCAUAAGACUGUCAUAACUAUGACAUCACACUGUCAUGAAUAUUAAUGACUGCUUAUGACCAAUGUCAUGAAGUGUCAUCCGGCAAACGAUGUCACUUUUGAAAGGGUGUAAAAGAUGCGGACUGGAUAUCAGUGAGUUGGUGACAUAUUUUGUCAGAUGACACUUCAUGACACUUCAUUAGCAUUCAUUAAUGAUAAUGACAGUGUCAGGUCAUAAUUAUUGCAGUCUCAUGACAGUUCAAAUGACAGCAGGGCCCAGAACCAAAAAUGGUAUUUGCCAUGUGGCAAAAUGGCUUUUUUUUUUUUUUUU